AUAAUAAUUUUUAUUUCAAUUCAGUAUUAUUCACCUUGAUAUCAUAAAUAUUAAAUAAUUUAUCAGUUUUUACUUAUUCACUAUCCAAAGUAUAAUUUAUUUAUCCAAGUGUAAUUUGCUAAAUAUAUUGUAAAUUUUUACUCACAUAAUGGCUCUAUAUUUAAGAAGUGUACACAGACUAUGCACAGCUAGACAAACAAUGUCUUUCCAAAUGCCAACAAUACACCGUAUGAUUACCAUGCAAGUUAAAAGUGCUCAAGAAGUUGAAUAUAAAUUAGGAGAGACUCAUGAUGAAAAAAAUGGUCGCCUUAGUAGACCUAUGUCUCCUCAUUUGACAAUUUAUAAGCCUCAAUUAACAACCAUAUUAUCUAUUACACACCGUGGAACUGGAGUCGCAUUGAGUGGUGUAACUGCUGGAUUAGGAGCAUUAUUCCUUUUCACGGAUUUGCCGACAUUUGUGCAAUUUGUACAUGGUUUAGAACUACCAUCAGCUGCUAUCAUGUCAGCUAAAGGAUUAGUUGCUUUUCCAUUUUUCUAUCACCUAUGUAAUGGCAUUAGACAUUUGGUAUGGGAUGCUGGUAAAUGUUUGACCAUUAAACAAGUUUAUACAACUGGUUAUGGUGUAAUUGUUGGUAGCUUACUUCUUACAGUAUUGUCUUUAGCUUAUAGUACAUGAAAGAUGAAAACAACAAAUUGUUCAGUUUCUUAUAUUAUACAAAAUUAUUCAUUUAAAAUUAAACAUGUUUAUAAACAAUAUGUAUUAUACAGUUUAAAUUAAAAUAAUAUUGUAGUUUUCU